CGGAGCGGGUGGCGAGCGAGACGGCCAGCGCGACUCCGCAGCGGACCCCCGAGGCCCCGCGGGACCCAAGCCACCGAGUCUGCGAGCCACCGCCCGCGACUCCUGCGCAGCCCCUCGCCGCGCAAGGGAGCGAGCUCGGAGCAUCUCCCGCGCAGCCCUCCCACCCCACCUCGAACCGGACCAGGAGCGGGGAAGCCCAGUGCGAGUCAACGACCCCAGCUCAGCUUCCUCCCGGGCCACCAUGACCCACUUCAACAAGGGCCCGUCCUAUGGGCUCUCGGCCGAGGUCAAGAACAAGAUCGCUUCCAAGUAUGACCACCAAGCAGAGGAAGACCUUCGCAACUGGAUAGAGGAGGUGACAGGCUUGAGCAUCGGCGCCAACUUCCAGCUGGGCCUGAAGGACGGGAUCAUCCUGUGCGAACUCAUAAACAAACUACAGCCGGGCUCCGUGAAGAAGGUCAACGAAUCCUCACUCAACUGGCCCCAGCUGGAGAAUAUCGGGAACUUCAUUAAAGCCAUCCAGGCGUACGGGAUGAAGCCCCACGACAUCUUUGAAGCCAACGAUCUCUUUGAGAACGGAAACAUGACCCAGGUUCAGACUACGCUGGUGGCUCUGGCAGGUCUGGCGAAAACCAAAGGCUUUCACACCACCAUCGACAUUGGCGUGAAGUACGCGGAGAAGCAGACAAGGCGCUUUGACGAAGGGACGCUGAAGGCCGGCCAGAGCGUGAUCGGCCUGCAGAUGGGGACCAACAAGUGUGCCAGCCAGGCGGGCAUGACGGCCUAUGGGACGCGGAGGCACCUGUACGACCCCAAGAUGCAGACGGACAAGCCUUUCGACCAGACUACCAUCAGUCUGCAGAUGGGGACCAACAAGGGGGCCAGCCAGGCGGGGAUGCUGGCGCCAGGCACCAGAAGAGACAUCUACGACCAGAAGCUGACGUUGCAGCCCGUGGACAACUCAACCAUCUCCCUGCAGAUGGGCACCAACAAGGUGGCCUCGCAGAAGGGGAUGAGCGUGUACGGGCUGGGGCGGCAAGUGUACGACCCCAAGUACUGUGCUGCUCCCACCGAGCCCGUCAUCCACAAUGGCAGCCAGGGCACAGGGACCAACGGGUCGGAGCUCAGCGACAGCGACUACCAGGCGGAGUACCAGGAUGACUACCACGGCGAGUAUGCCGACGACUACCCCCGGGAGUACCAGUACGACCACCAGGGCAUCGAUUACUAGCCCAGUCCAGGGCCCGGGCUCCCCUGCUCAGUGAGAACCAAGCUAGCCUUCAGUACCUUCUGUCUGUCUUCCUGACACACUUCUCUGCUCGCUGUCCCUAAAACAUGGCCUUACAUACAUUCCUUUCCUCCCUCUGCUCUUCCCUAAGUAGUCGCCUUCCGCGCUGACCAGUUCAGCCGCGCAGCAUGGCCAGUCACUCCGGGAAGUGAGCAUGCUGUGAGGGCGCCCUGGACAGCCUGAUCUCCUACUAAAGCCUCUGCUUUUUGCAGUCUUAUCCUUCGGCUGCUGUUGUCAAACGAUAGAAAAUUAUUUUUUUUAAUCUGGUUCCUACACGGAAGACGAAAGUCGUGCUUCUCGCUUAGACGUGGUCUUUGCCAACUAAAUGUAAGGUGCAGCGUAUUGGAAACUUGCGUAUCGCGUCUCUCCAGUAUGGCUUGCUCAUUUUUAAAUAAAACGAUCGGUGUGCAUUUGUGAUUAGACGUGUACUCAUUCUCUGACUAAGCUGACGAGACCUUUUAGACUGACGUUUCCAACAGAGCGAUGGACAGAGGCCCGCGGACGUGAGGCCUGGGCGGCGGUCACAGAAUCUUCGUUUUGUCCCAGUGUACCGUGUAGAGUGGCUCUGUUUCUUCAACUGUAUUUAUUGCUGCAUUUCUCAGCAUAAACUUAUCCCAUUGUAUUUUUUAUAAAUAAAU